CUGGGGAGCCGGCAGAGAGGGAGCGAGGGAGCGGUUCAACUGCAGGAAGACAGUAUCCAUGAGUUAUGUCGGCAUCCUCAUGAUAGACUCCUGUUUAGCCCACUACGCCGGUCAGCCCCUGGAGCGAAUGUGUCUGCAAAAUGUGUCAAGAGAAGACUAUCAUUACAUGCUAGAUGUGGCCGUCACCUUCCAGAGUUACCAACAUCACGUAUGUUAAUUACUACUGCGCCCUUUGCAAUGAUGACGCCUACGAUAUACAGAACUGGACUAUCAACAUCGCUUGUAAUCCAGAUGAGAGGCCCGAGAAUUCCACCAUAGCAGAGUUCAUGGGCAACGCUACCUACUACCCAGGUCUUCGUCAGUGGGUUCGCCUUGUGUACAAGACAGAUGAGGCUGGCAGAUCGAGGCGCGAGAGACAAAUCUGUUACACCCAGAUUGCCGAGUUCCUCGAUACCCAACGAUUCGGCGGCAGACCGUGCAUCUACCCAAAGAGCGAGUGCCUGACAAAAUUCGUCGGUCGAAACAAGUGCCAGGAGCAAGUACGCCAUUGUGAUCCUGACUGGCCCGACCGCACAGACUUCGAGAAAUGCGAGCGAUACUCCCUAAUGAUGGCGUUCACUGACACAAGAAAACGGGUGACAUAUUACAAGAACCCUCACUGUGCUCGGUGCAACUUCGUCAACGCCUCAGUGGGCGAGCUGCAGUGUCUCCCGCCCACUAGGUGGUCGCAGUGCGUGAAUGGCUUCAGGCAGAGUCCCCCUCCGCGUCUCCCGCCCAGUUUCAGUGUCCUCAUGGACUUCCGGGGCGGCCGCUGCGAUGAGGCCACGGAGCUGUGGGAUCCGGUCCUCGAGAUCUGCCACAAGAUCCACUGCGGCCAUCUGUUCAGGCUGGUGGCCGGACGAUGCGAGAGAGACUUCAAGGUCUACGAGCCGCUCUCGAACUCGACCCUCUUGAACAGUUCGUGCCCCAAGAGGCUCCUCAACCUGACGGAGUAUGUGCCCCGAGGCGACGGCUCCAUCUUCGUCAAUGCCUCCAAGAAGGUUUACGCCAAGGGGGAGUUCGAGGUCACGAAUGACACGCAGGUCUUCAUCUGCCACGACGAGAGCCACUAUGUCGACGCCUUCAGCGCCGUCCACCAGUACCUGACGCUGGUCGUGCUGAGCGUCUCCCUCGUGGCUCUGGCGCUGCACAUGGCCAUCUACAUGCUCGUCCCGCGACACAGGAACCUGCCGGGGAAGAAUCUGUUCUCCCUCUCGUGCUGCCUCUUCGUCGCCCACGUCCUGUUCUUGACGGGGACGAGAGAGACGGACGUGUACGGCCUGUGCGUGUUCCUGUCGUGCAGCCUCCACUACUUCUGGCUCGCCUCCUUCUGCUGGAUGAACGUGAUGAGCGUGGACGUGUGUCGCACCUUCAGUAGCCAGCUGUACCGCGGCGACUCCGACGGCGGCAGGACCUACCUUCUCUACUCGCUUUACGCCUGGACGGUCCCCGCGCUCGUGGUGUCGCUGGCGCUCCUGCUGGACUGGGUCGACCUCCUGCCGGACUACCGGCCGGAGUACGCGACGCGGCUCUGCUGGAUCAACAACCGCCACGGCCUGGCGCUCUUCUUCCUCCUGCCGGUGGGCGCCAUCGUCCAGGAGAACCUCGUGCUCUUCCUCAUCUCCACUUAUGGCAUUUACAAGCAGAUGAAGGCAGCGCGCUAUGCCAACGUGAGGUCACAGAGCACCAGGGAAGGACACGGCGAGAAGGCGCCUAGGAGGAAGUCGGAUGCACUGAGAGACGGCGUUUCGAGGAAGACAGCCCAGCAAACCCGACGCGCCAGGAAGGAGAGAGGGCGACUGAUACUCUACAUGAAGUUAGGUGUCAUCCAGGGCCUCACGUGGCUCACCGGAUUCAUAGCGGCCUUCGCGGAUAUCCCCGCGUGCUGGUAUCCCUUCACGGUUCUCAACGGACUACAGGGAGCCUUCAUCUUCAUCGGUUUCGACAUGAAGCGAAAGGUGGCGGAGGCGGUGUGGGAAGCGCUGACGGGGCGGCCAUGGAUCAAGAAGACCUCUUCCAAGGACACCCGCACGACCACCGUUGGCCAAAGCAGCAACAGUCACAACAGGUCGUCCAAAUCGUACAGUGACUCUGACGGUGAAGCUCUGAUCAAAAAUACGAGCGAAGAUCCAUUGGUUCAUGAAAAUGCGACCUGGGACAGCACCGUAAGCUUGACCACGCUCUCAAAGGUCACAUUAAAAGACAGCUCGGCAGCAACCAGGACCUGGAAGUCGUCAUCCCUCUCCACCGACUCCCCGCAGCGAGGUCAAAGGUCAGAACGCGCGACAGGGACAGGUCGUGGCGGCGCGGAGAGGCUGGGCAACGGUGACCUCCGUGGCGGGGUCGUGCGGGGCAAAUUCGACGAUGAGGGUGUCAGUCUCUCCCCAGUGACCUCUGGACCUGUAACCGAGGAACGACCAACAGCCGAAGCUGGAGAGAAGAAACAUCACGAAAAUCAACCCAAGGUCACCCUUCAACCAAGUCAUAAUAACACAAGCGAGAGUCCACUGUGAGGGUGAUGGAGAGUGGUAUGAUAGGUGCUAAUGUCUGAAGGACCACUUGGAUCAGGUGAUAUGAGUGAGACCUUCAAUGAGCUGAUGAGUUUCGUAUUUAAAGUGGAAUGUGUGGGUUCUGGGAUAACGGACGAGGGCUAUGUAGAUGGUGAGAUUGUGGAACAAGAGCAAACUAGUGAAAGUAGAGGAUUUAUUAUAUGUGGAUAAGAAUGCAUUCUGGUGUUGAAGGUGAGUUGGGACUUACAGAUAGGGACAAUGUAGUACAUUCAAUUCCCAGGAAAUACAUAACAAAGCCCGUGAAACAUAGAAAACAACAGAUGUACACUAGGCUUUCAUAAUAUAUAGAAUAGGCUAUACAUCUAAUUAUAGUGAAAUUCGUUAGUACUUAGAAUCACAGCAGAACACAAAGUAUAAAAUGAAAUGCACUUCUUUGUACACACUGUGGAGCAAAUGUGAAACCUAUAUAGUAUAUUCUAUACACUCUCCACAUUUACAAAAAAGCUUGUUACUGAGAAAAAAGAAACCAUCUUAAUAAGCACUUUGUUUUCACUCUGGAAUCUUGCUUACCUGAAUGCUUUAUUGUGCAUAUUCCCCUAUCAUUUUCUUAUUAUGUAUCUUACCACAGGAGAGAGAAGUUUGUUUCUGUCACUAAUCUUAAUCAUAUAUAUGUUUCCAUGUUAAGCUAUAUUCACCAGCGAUAUAUAUUCAUUUGCUUCAACAAGUAAACCUUUUAGGCUAAUUGUAUAUUUUUUGUCUUCUAAAUACCAGUAAGUACACAUAAAUCCAUCUAAUCAUUGGAAUGAACUGACACUACUUGUAGGUUACUGAUGUGUAUGUAAACUUGUGAUAUUAUGGAAUUAUAAGGAUAUAUAAUACAUACUGAUAAGUAAUGA